AUGUGGCGUGUAGCGAGGAGUCUCUUUCGACCGGCAGUCGUUAGAUUAGAUGUAGGAAGACGCUACUGCGUUGAACGACCUUCAGUGAACACUUCAUUCGUCCCUCUUCAUCGGCCGGUAAUGGCCGAGGAAACGGUACGUUUUCUGGAGCCGCAGAGCAACCAAAUUUUCAUCGACAUGACAUUCGGUGCAGGAGGUCAUACACGAGCGCUACUCGAGGCGGCUCCUAGUGCGACGAUCAUAGCGCUUGAUCGUGAUCCUCAAGCACACCAGUUGGCAUGCGAAAUGGCCAAAGAGUUUCCGGGACGCAUUGUGCCAGCACUGGGACGCUUUUCGGAACUACCAACCCUGUUGCGCUCCCUCGUGCGGUACGACCGGCAGCGGUUCUACGAUGGGAUCAUCUUCGAUUUCGGUUGCUCGUCGAUGCAGUUCGAUGAGGCAGCGCGCGGAUUUUCGAUAGCACAUGACGGUCCCCUCGAUAUGCGCAUGGACAAAGAUCGCUGCCCGGAGCAGCUUUCGGCGGCGGAGGUUUUGGCGCGCAUACAGGAACAGGACCUAGCGCGGAUUUUGAAGGUAUACGGCGAAGAAAAGCAAGCUAAAAAGAUUGCCCGUGCCAUUGUAAACGCACGAUUUUCGGUAAAACGGAUCGAGACAACUGCUGAAUUAGCGAGCAUCGUGGGCCACUGCCUAAGCCAGGUCAGCGAACCGACCGGAGGCGCUUUCGAUUUCCGGCAGGACAAGCUGCGGCGUCCGGCGCACGUGGCCACGAAAACCUUUCAAGCGUUGCGUAUUUUCGUGAAUAAUGAGCUUAACGAAAUCAACUACGGAAUGGUGCUGGCGAAACAUUUGCUGCGCACGGGCGGAAAGCUUGUAACGAUUGCGUUUCACUCGCUCGAAGAUACGAUCGUUAAGCGGCACCUAACCGGGCACGUCAUAGCAGAUUUGGCUAGCAAAGUACCAUUGCAAUACAUCAGCCAAACAUUAGCUUAUACGACCGAUACCAUGCAGGAGGUAAUGAAGCCCAAUUGGAGACAAAUUAACAAGCAUGUGGUUGUGCCAACGGAUGCGGAAAUUGGAGCAAAUCCGCGCAGUCGUUCUGCAAAACUGCGAGCUGCAAUACGGUUGGGAAGCUGAAGUCGAAGCGGUCAUGUAAUGUUUGUUUUAGUUUGUUAGUAACUGUAGUAAAGAAUCCUUCCUCAAGACA